CUUCGUCAAAGAUGGAGCUCAAGUAUCUUUCAUCCCUGCUCUUGGUAGCUGUUCUGAUCCAAUUUGCUUCCGGAAUCGAUCCCCGAUGUCCGGCGCAAGACAAUCCGCCUUUCCAUAUGGAGCAUCCCACGGACUGCACCAAGUUCCUGAAGUGCCAUGCAGGGGAACCGGUUGUGUUGGAUUGUCCUUCCGGGUUACACUGGAACAAUGACCGUCAGUACUGUGACUGGCCGGAACUUGCCGGUUGCAGCAGUGCCAACGACCCCAUCGUAGAUCCCACAACUACGGAUGCAAUCACAGUCGAGCCAGAGACAGAAACUGUAACAACUAGUACAACAACAACACCCAAGCCAACUACCACAACUAGUACUACCACCACCAGGAGAACAACAACCACUACUCGCAGACCAGCACAGUGUUGCUAUACUCAUUGGUAUAAUUCUUGGUUGUGCUGGUUUGUCGGUAAAAAUUGCUGAAUGUUAAAAAAAUUGCCAUGUUGAAUAAAAUAUUUACUUAAUGAGUGAUAA